UUGUUUACAAAUUUUCUCUCAACGGUGUGUUGUGCGUUCGAUUGGAGCUGGCUUAUUUAUAUUCUAGAUUUUCAUUUUUCGUCUAGUUUUCCACUGUAAAUAUAGCGAAAAAAAUCUUCCAGCGUCGCAGGUUUUUGUGCCGUUCGUUGUUUUAACCGGAAUUGCGUCGCCAAAUUUUGUUCGGAAAAAGCGUACAUUGUUUUGAUUUCGUCAUCCGGCAUCAAGAAGCCAAGCGUGCAUGUGCUUUUUCGACGCAUCAUCAGAUCUGGGACGAAAAAACCUCAGUUGUCAACAACAGUGAUUGAUAAACAUUCGGACCGAAAUUAAAAAUUUUGUGUUUCCAAACAAGUUGGUAGAGCCGUAGAAGCAGCUUAUUACAGAGAAUCGAAUACUAGCUGGCUGAUCAUUAGAUACAUAUUUCACUGCUGGACGGUAUCUAAAUGCAGCAAUAGAUUUGCGAGCGAAAAUGACAGAUAACAACAAUUUUCACCUCCCGCAACACGUUAUCAAACACGAAACGAUUCAAUCGUCUCCGGGUUCGCCGCCUCAGCAACAGCAAUUCCAGGUCUACUACCAUCACCCAUCGGCGGUUCAGCAAAGCCAACAGCCUCCAAAAACGGCCAAAUUGAUCGAGUCCGUGUCCUUGGAUCAUUCUUCCGUGACGGGUGUUGAGUAUAGCUCACAUCAUUCCCACCAUCAGCUCCCGCAGCAGAUCAUCGAGUACGAUCCGGUGGUUAGCGACUUGCAUCAUCCCGCGCUGAAUGUGGUUAUCGAUCACCACCAGGUCGUCGAGCAGCCCACGAUCGAACAGCAGGAGCAAAGCGUCAUCGAAGCUCUGUGUCAACAAGCUCAACAAAAUCGUAUACACCAUGAACACCAUCAGCAGCAGCAUGUCAUCAAGAGCGCUGGGAAGAGAAUAAAGUUGGACAAUGUUCAACACGAAAACGGAUCUGGUUAUCCCAGCGAUGAUGAAGAUGAUGAAGAUCCUCGCAGGAAAAUCCAUCAAGGUUCGAUUGUUCAGGAAUCAAUCGAAGAACAAGAGCAAAGUAUUAUUGAAGCGUUGUAUCAGCAACAACAGCAGAACCAACUGCGCAAGCAGAUUGUCCAACAUCAGCAUCAUGAAUCCCCUAGCCACCAUCUGCUCAACCCACAUCGGUUUUCGUCGACACCUCCAUCGCGUUCGAUAUCGCCUUCACAGUCGCCGACGGUUUCUGGAACAACGGAUACGGUGGGAUCCCGCGCCUCAUCGGGCCAACAUUCGGUAGCUCAUCUCGCAGCCCACCAGGCGGCUGCACUCUCGUUGGCCAACAUCAACCAGAACAACUUCAUCGCCCGGCUCAUUAGCAAGGAUAAUAUCUUGCUGAUAUCGGAAGACCUCAUCGAAAUCGGGAGAAAUUCCUCUCGUGCUCAAGUAGACUUCCACGUUGGACGGAACAGUUUUGUUUCCCGUAAACAUCUGCUGCUGCACCACGAUCAUAACGAUGGCGAAUUCUAUCUUUCGUGUCUCAGUAAAAACGGUGUAUUUAUUGACAACGUUUUCCAUCGGAAAGGUGCUGAGCCGUUCUUGCUCCCAAGAGUGUGUAGCAUACGUUUUCCAAGCACUAACAUCAAAAUACAGUUCGAAAAUCUGUAUCAUAAGAAUACAUCUGACGGAUCUCGUGAUGCGAACGACACGAACGGAGGAUCCUUUUCAUCUAGCAGCGGAAACUUGCCGUUAACGGACAACGUUUCGGGCAGCAGUAACAUCGGUUCCGCCAUUUCAUCGACAGCCCUCAACAGCAGCGGCAACAGUAGCAGUAUGUACGCUCCGCUCAAGAUCUCCAUUCCGCCUGAACCGCCAAGUUCGUCUUCGAUGGAACACAUGGAUCUGAGCGGGCGAGGCCGGGACAACGGUAAAAGCCCGUACCCAUCACCGACGGGUACCAUCAGCGCGGCUAACAGUUGUCCCACGAGCCCCCGUCAAGGGUAUCACGAUUUUUCCGGCUACAGCCUGAUCGGCCAUUCCGGUUCACUGAUCGCCCACGACAGUGGUGGCGGCUUGGCGGGCGUUUUGGUUACGUCCGGCAGUGUCGGCAAUAUCUCAGAUGCCCACAAAUUUAAUGACUUUCAACCACCUGCCACUUCCCAAUCUCUCGAGAACGAGAAGCCACCGUACAGCUACGCUCAGCUGAUUGUGCAAUCGAUUUCUGCCUCACCAGAGAAGCAGCUUACCCUUUCCGGUAUUUAUUCGUUCAUCUCAAAAAAUUACCCGUAUUACCGGAACGGAGCCAACAAAGGUUGGCAGAACUCGAUUCGGCACAAUUUAAGUCUCAAUCGCUACUUCAUCAAAGUGCCCCGCUUGCAGGACGAACCGGGCAAGGGUAGCUUCUGGCGGAUCGAUCCGAAUUGUGAGCUGAAAUUAGUGGACCAAAGCUACCGGAAACGAAGGCAGCGCGGCGGCCAAUGCUUCCGGACACCUAUCGGCAUGCCCAAAUCGGCCCCCGUUUCACCCACGGCGAUGAUGGACCCGGAAAGCCGAGAGGGCUCCCCGCUGAACGAAAUUUUGAUGCAGUCGGCACCGGGAUCACCCGGUUCGAUUGCCGCUAAUGCUUACGUACACAGCACCGGCGCCGGCGUCAGUAUCCCCGGUCAUCCUGGACAAGAAGAACACAACAUGUACCCGAUAGUUUAAGAGCACCGCUUUUAAAAUCGACGUUUUCCAGCAAUCAGAAAAGAAAGCAUUUACCUCCCAUCACAAUCCACAACAGUUGAAGAUUUUCCCCCCAAAAUCCCACCAAUUGGACAGAAUAAUGUAGCAUAUAUUGCAAUGUUUCACGGAACAAUCACACUCAGUCAGCAAACAAAAAACCGGAAAAAAUGCACAACAGUAGCUCCCGGAUGGAAAACCCGAACGGAACCACAAUCCGUAUGUACAAUCGUAAACGAAGUGAGAUUUUCCACCUAAUCUUCUUUUUUACUAUACAUAACCAAACACAAACAAAAAAUGUUGGGCCAUCCUGGUUAGGAGGCGGCAAUUGUAAAAGAUUUUCGAUAUAAGCAGAAUUAACAAAUACAAAAAGCAUAUUUUAGGCAAAAACACAAAACGGACCACUAGCGCAGUGUUCGUAUUUUGUACUACAUAAUGUUAGUAAACUCUGUUGUACUAUUUAGACGUAAUGAUGGAACCGAUGGUGGAACGUGCAAAAGCCGACAACAAAUAAGGUACCUAUUAUCUAUAUCUUAUCUACGCUCUAACUUCUUUACAAAGUUUCUAGUUGCAAGUGGACGGCAAACUAGUGCCGUUCCGUUUGCCAAACGGGAUCAUUUCGAACAGUAACGGAUUUCUUUUUUUAUUCGCUUUAACAUUUAUUGCUUUUUUCAACAAUUAAAACAUACUUCUCAGUUUGACUUUUUCCAGUGUUUACACUUUAACUUGAACAAUAAUAGCAAGGACACCUUCAAUGCCAAUUCAAGUAAGAUUGGAAAAUUGCUAAAAGGUUGCUAAAACCUUCCAAAUACUGCUAUCCUAUAUUUCAGUUGCUUCAAAGUCCUUAAAGGACUUGAGUUCAUGUUCAUGUUUUAUCUUCAGUGAUGAAGCAAAGAAAAAUUUUUUUAUUUGAACAUGUUCGAAAUCUUUAUUUAUCCGUUGUUAACUGAUUUGUGUAAGAGAAUUAAUGCAAGAUAGCGCGCUUCACUGUUUUAAGUGGUUGGAGUACCAUUAUGGGCAAAAAACUGUUAUGAAACUUAGCAACAACAUCGUAAACUUAGAACUGGUGAGAGGAUCCCUAGUCUUCUUUGCGGAAAAAAUGAAAACACCCGAAGAAAUCUAGGAAUUUGACGAACAAAACAUAACACAACACACAUUGCUUUAAAAUAUGAUAGAAUACAAGAUACCGUCACCCAGGGGAUUAGUUAUUUCUGAUGUAAGGAAAAGAUGAACAAAUCGAAAAAUAAACUCAACAUAUACACACAAAUUCAAACCUGUGCGUGAAUGUAUUAAUAUGCUGGAAGGAAAAGCUGAUUGUUACUAAAUGAUGGAUGAAAAUACCA